AUGCCAAUCCAAAUCUUCUCGCCUGCACCCGCAGCACCGGCUGCCACAAGGUCCCGCGACGUCGACUCGGACGACGAAAUAGACCUCGACACCUCGACCACCGACCACGCCGCCCGCCCCUCCAAAACCAUCAUCACGCCCGGCGAAGUCAUCACCUCGGACCCGCAAUGGAUGCGCGGCCACGGCACCUACACAAACGACUCCUCCUCCUCCGCAGACCUCGCCCCCAUCAUCCGCAGCACUCUCGCCGGCACCCUCCAAAAGACCAAUAAAUUGCUUUCCGUAGUGCCCUUGCGCGCACGCUACACACCAGAAAUCGGAGAUUUGGUCAUCGGUCGCAUUGUGGAGGUGCAGAGUAGACGGUGGAAGGUCGACGUUGCUGGCGCAUUGACUGCUGCACUACCACUCAGCAGUAUCAAUUUGCCUGGUGGAAUCUUGAGAAAGAGGACCAGUGUUGAUGAGUUGAACAUCCGCACCUUCUUUGAAGAAGGAGAGUUGUUGGUUGCAGAGGUGCAGAGUUUGUUCCAAGAUGGCAGUGCGUCGCUACACACGCGCAGUUUAAAAUACGGAAAGUUGCGCAACGGAUACUUUAUGGCUGUGUCUGGUGUAGGAGGUGGUGCUGGUGUGGUCAGAGCCAAGAGACAGAUCUUCACACUGCAGACGUCCAGCAGAGGAGGAGAGGUCGAUGUCAUUUUGGGUGUCAACGGCUAUAUCUGGAUCUCCAAGCAUAUCGAAGCCGACAAGAGCAAGGAUGUCAGCAUUACCAGGAUCGAAGAGCAGGUCAGCACGACAAUGUACUCGAGCCAGAAUGACGACAUCAGCUCCGACACGAGACAAGAGAUUGCCAGAGUUGCUGGAUGUAUCAGAGCGCUAGCCGAGAACGGAGUCAAGGUUGACGAAGAGAUGGUUCGCAGAGCAUACGAUGCCAGUCUCGACCUUGAGCAAGACGAGGGAGAGGACAGUGCUGGCUUCUUGGGAGGAGAAAGAGGAAAACUCAUUGUCGACAUGGCCCUACGAUCGGGUUGA